AUGAACAUUAAUGAAAAAAAUGGAUCAAAUAAUGGCUAUAGCUAUAGCUCUAAUAGUAGUAUUGUCUUAGUUGGAAUGAGAGGAGUUGGAAAAUCGACUCUAGCUCUUUUAGCUUCUGCAGCCUUAGGAUUUGAAUUCUUGGACUUAAAGAGAAGUUUAAGUGAAGCUUCUGGUAACUCAGACUCGCCGUUACUACAGAAGGAAUCAUUGGUUGAAUUUCGAAAGACAGAAUUCAACUCGGUAGUUGAAACUUUAACGAAAAAUACAACCAGAUGUAUUAUAGCACUACCAGCUUCUUGUAUUGAUUAUGAACCUACUGUGAAUUUUUUGAUCGAGUAUGGACGACAGCAUCUAAUCGUGCACAUCAAAUGUGAGGAAACUAGAAUUUUGACUUAUAUUGAUUAUGAUGGACCAAUUGAAAAGGGACUUCUGUGGGUUCGUCAGAAGUACCGCAAUUAUCAGUAUUGCUCACAUUUUGAUUUCUUUAAUCUUAGAUCGAGUUCAGAUUCAAAUUCUGCGAUUUCGUUUCCAAAAUACACAUCUGGAGUUGAUGUUCUUGCAUUAAAAGGUGCUAAAAGUGACUUUUUGAAUUUUUUGGCGCUAAUAAUGUGGGGCCAUGUUUCCACUCACAACUAUUUAAGCCCACCCGAAUACUCAAAGCAUUCUUCUGUGGUGCAAAUAAAUUUUCCUUACAUUCUUGACAACGAACUUAAUAUUGAUGACUUGAUUUUAGGUGCAGAUGCUGUUGAAAUAUUGGUAAAUAUUAAAAAGUUGGUCGAGUAUGGUAUUCCUUUGAGAACUAUUGAUGAAUUUGUGGCAAGAGUUCGCCAUGUGAGUUCUUAUUCAGUUCCAAUAAUUAUGACUGUUGACUAUGACUUGAUCGCCGAUCAAUUUGAAACUGAAGAUUCGCAAUUGAAACAGUUGUAUUUUGAUGUCUUAUUAUCUGGUAUUCGUCUUGGAUUGAGUUACCUAACUAUCGACUUAAAUUUAGCUCAAGAAAAUAAGUUUAUGGGUAGACACGAAGGCACAAGUGUCUUACAAGAGAUUAUGAGAAACAGCUGCCACACAAAGAUUAUCGGUGCAUAUCAUUCUUGUUCUACGGAAGAUUUCUGGACCACCUCCCAGCCAUUUGAUAUAUAUAUGUUAGCAAAGAAUAUUGGUUGCCAGAUCAUAAAGAUAACAAAGAAGGCUUCUCGUUUCAGCGAAAAUCUGGAGGUUCAGGAGUUUGCAAGGGAUUGUAAUAAAUUGGGAGACAGAAAAACACAGCUUAUAGCAUACAAUACUGGCAAGCUAGGCAGGUUUUCGAGAAUUAUGAAUCUUUAUUUGACAUCCACAGAACCACCUUAUUCCAUUAAUUCUUCAGAAGUAAGACAACUUCACGACAGAACAGUUACAAGUAAUGAAAACUAUGAAUACGAAACAUCUGUCGGUUUAUCAGCCUAUGAUUUAAACAAAUCAUUGUAUUCUUGCUUUAUGAUGUCGGCACUUUCUUUCUAUGUGGUAGGACGGCAUGUGACACAAUCACUCUCUCCUGCGAUGCACAAUGCCGGGUACUUGUCUAUUGGUCUCCCACAUAGAUGCAUUGUAUUUCAGUGUUCUACUGUUCAAGAGAUAAGUGAUCUUAUGCGACGCCCAGAUUUUGGAGGUGCCUCUGUGAUUAUGCCAUUCAAGCUAAAGGUAUUAGACUUAGUAGAUAACGUUUCGAAACAUGUAUCAAGAAUCGGGGCUUUAAAUACUAUAAUUGCAGUAAGAUCAUAUGACGACCAGGACAAAAUCAGUAAGAUACGAGGGGAAAAUACAGAUUGGUUGGGGAUUCGGGCAGUAAUAAACUCUAAUUCAUCUCCCAUAAAUGGAGUAAGUGAUUCGAAGACAGCUUUGGUCCUCGGUGCUGGUGGAAUGAGUCAGGCUUCACUUUAUGCCCUAAUAUCCUUAGGCUUCAAAAGAAUUCUCUUAUUCAAUCGAACAGAAUCAAAGGCACGACAGUUGGCGGACCAUUUCAACAAGCAAUCACCUUUGACAUUUGAGGAACCAUUUCCACGAAUUGUACAUUUUAAAAUUGAGAUAAUAAAAAGCUUAAGCGACAUUCCAGAGGAAAUUCGGUAUGAUCAUUUACCUACUGUGAUUAUUAAUUGUAUACCAGGCCGUGAUAUAGUCACUAACAAACUUAUUCAUUUUGAGAUUCCUGACUUCUGGUUUGACUCUCCGUCCGGUGGGGUAUUUGUAGAGACAGGAUAUAAUCCAUUGAUAUCUCCCCUCCAAAUAUCUGCGAGAAAGUUUGUAUCUAGAGGUUGGGUUGUCACUACUGGUUUGAAUUACUUGCAUGAACAAGCCAUUGCUCAAUUUGAGAUGCAUACAGGCAAAAUUGCUCCAUCAGCUAUAAUGAAAAGUGCGUUGAUGAAUCAUUUUGCAGCAUUUAACUAA